GUCCGACAGUAUUCGAGCGCUAAAAUGGAUCGCUGGACAGGUAAGUUCGCGAUCGUCACCGGAGCAAGUUCAGGAAUUGGCAGGUCGAUCACUAAAGAGUUAGUUUCUGCUGGUGUCAAUGUCCUGGGACUGGCUCGUCGCGAAAACAGACUCCAGGAGCUGUCUGAAAAUUUGAAAUCCUCAAAAGGCGCGUUUCAUUACUUGAAAUGCGACCUUUGCAAUGAGGAAGACAUACUCAAAGCCUUUGAAUACGUGGAAAAUAAUUUUCAACGGCUCGAUAUUUUAAUAAACAAUGCUGGUAUUAUGCUGGGUGGCUCUCUCGCUGAGACCACAACAGAAGACUAUCGCACACUUCUGGAUUUGAAUGUCCUCGCGCCUGCUCUCUGCAUCCGAGAAGCUCUCAAAUUAAUGCGUAAGCAUAAAAAUGAAGCGCAUAUUAUCAAUAUCAACAGUGUUUUCGGUCUUAAUACAAGAGCGGCGGAUUUACCGAUAAAUUUGUACCCUGCAAGCAAAUACGCGUUACAUGCAAUGACUGAGACGUUGAAAAAAGAAGUCAGAGAUAACAAUGAUAAUAUUCGUGUCACUGGGAUCUAUCCUAGCGCAACCAAUACAGAACUGUUUGAUUUAUCAGAAAAACUUCAUCAUGUAUUGAAUGUAAUACCCGCUCUGGAGAGUAAGGACGUUACUGAUUGCAUAAUGUUUGCGCUAUCAGUCCCACUACAUGUUCAAUCGUCUGUAAGAAUGGAUCGUUGGGUCGGAAAGUCUGCUAUUGUCACCGGAGUAAGCUCCGGAAUCGGAGAAGUUAUUGUUGAAAAAUUAGUUUAUGCUGGUGUUAACGUUCUGGGGCUAGCUCGUCGCGAAGACAAGCUCCAAGCAUUGGCUCAACGUUUCAAAGGUGCCAAAGGAAAGUUCCAUUAUCUUAAAUGUGAUCUUCGCAAUGAACAGGACAUUCUGAAGGCCUUUGCUUGCGCUGAAAAAACUUUUGGUUGCCUUGACAUUUUGGUAAACAAUGCUGGAGUAUUCUUCAUUGCUCCUUUUGACGCUGCAAAAACUGAAGACUAUCGAUCACUUAUGGACAUAAAUGUCCUCGCUCCGGCUGUCUGUAUUCGCGAAGCUCUCAAAUUGAUGCGUAAACACAAAAAUGAUGGUCAUAUUAUUAACAUUAACAGUGUUGCUGGUCAUCAUGCAGUAAUAUCAGAGGUGCCUAUGAAUUUAUAUCCGGCGAGUAAAUUCGCUUUGCGAGCAAUGGCAGAUACAUUGAAGGGAGAGAUAAAACUAAAACAAGAUAAAAUUCGGGUUACCGGAAUACACCCGGGAUUAGUUAAAACGGAAAUAUUAAAUGCAUUUGGUGACAAAACCAAUGAAUUAUUGAAUACAAUGCCGUACAUGGAAAGCAAAGACGUUGCUGAUUGUGUUAUAUUUGCACUUUCAAUGCCGCAAAAAGUUCAGAUCGACGAGCUCACUGUAACUGCAAUCGCAGUAUAAAAUACGAAUUAUAAAAUCGCUGUUUCCAUGAUUAGACUUUUGUAUAGUAAAUAAAAUAAAAAUAUAAAAAAGAUUGUGGUAAUUAAAUUAUUUUUAUUAUUUAAACAGAAUCCUCGUAUUCUCAUGCAAAAUGCGACUUAAAAAAGAUGAUAUAUUAUUCUACUUUACUUUAAUCAAGAGCAAUUGGAUAAUUUGUUAUCUUUUGUUGGGGAUCCAUUUACUGGGGAACGAAUACGGGUUUAACAGAACUCUCGCUUUAUAUUCUCAAAGUAUUUUUAAACGACAAGACCAUGAGUGACUGGUUCCUUCCUUAUUUCUUCAUUGCGCUGGUAAGUGACCCGCUGAUCACCAGAUCCGAGUAUUUUUUCACAUUCCGGAGUCUGGA